UGUUUAGAAUUUUAUAAAACAGAACAGUUUUAUUUUCUUUGGGAUUUAAAAACAUUAGAAAACGAAAGAAUCUGGAUUCAUUUUACGAUAUAAUGGCAGAGCUUCCUUCGAGUCGUAGAUGACAAAAAGUUUAGAACCUAACUUGUUAUAAAUUGAGAAAUUGUGAAAUAAGUAAAAUGGGUCUUUUUAAAUUAUUUUUAGUAAUCUCAUUCGUCGUGGUUAAUACAAAUCAAAAAGAAAUCUCUUCUUCAAUUCCAAAUUUAUUAACUUACGAUGUUAUUUGCGAAAACUGCGCUUUAUUAAAUGAUUCAUCGCCGAGUAUUGUUCCGUUAAAAGUAGACGAAAGAAAACAUCCUGGGAUUCGUAUUGUUAAAUCAACCGAAGACAAUGAAACAUGUGGAUCGUCCGCGGAUGAUUUUCCAAAUUUUUUUACACCGGAGCAACGAAAAAGUGGGGCUAUUAUUAUUCAUUUUGUUGCUGCGUUGUAUUGUUUUUUCUUAGUCGCUAUUAUCUGCGACAAUUACUUUAUCCCUUGCGUCGAACAAAUUGCCAUCGUGUUGAAUUUAUCCGAAGACGUCGCUGCUGCCACUUUCAUGUCCGUUGCAACUUCCGCUCCUGAAUUAUUCGUCAAUAUCAUUGGAACUUUUAUUACAAAGUCUGAUAUGGGUAUUGGAGCUAUUGUGGGAUCUUCGCUGUUUAACACUCUUGGAGUUGUUUCUAUCGGUGGAUUAGCGGCAAGUGCUCCUAUCCAAUUGGCGUGGUUUCCACUUAUGCGAGAUACCAUCCUUUACAUUUGCGCAAUAUCAGGUUUAGUGGUAAUAACGUGGGAUGGUUUGAUUUUUUGGUACGAAGCUUUAUGUCUAUUCACUGGUUAUUUCGUUUAUUUCGUGGUGAUGUUCCAAAAUCAACGUAUUUCGAGAUUUGUUCAUAAAAUGGUAGGGAAGUUUAUGAAAGGAGAACCGGAACCGGAUCCAAAAAAAUUUCCGGAUAAAGAGUAUAAACCGUCAAUUGAUAUUCUCCGUCAACCCAGACCGAAAUAUAGAGAUCCUCCAGCUCCAUCGAUAAGCGAAGAUGAUGUUAUUUUAACAAUUAGUGAAGAACCUAAUUUGUAUAAAUUACCUAAAGGAAAUAUUUAUACGAAAAUUUAUUUUUUGUACACAUGGCCAUUAAGAUUUGCUUUGUAUUGGACAGUUCCGGAUUCAAGAAAAUUUCCAAAACUAUUUCCGGUUACUUUCGUUAUGUGUAUGGUUUGGAUUGGUUGUAAUUCCUAUAUUGUUUCUUGGUUGAUCUCAAUUAUUGGUGUAACUUUUGGAAUACCUGAUGCAGUUUUAGGAUUAACAUUUUUGGGAAUGGUGGGUUGUCUUGGGGAAACAUUUUCAAUUGCAAUCAUGUCAAGAAAAGGCGAAGGUAAAAUGGGAGUUUCAAAUGCUUUAGGAGCCAACACCAUGAAUAUUUUAUUAUCACUUGGACUCCCGUGGUUCAUUCAAACUUUAGUGUUGGGUGCUGAUAGCGACGCUUAUAUUUAUAUAGAAUCCGGUGCGAUGGAAUAUGUAAUUAUGGGACUUAUAGUGGCCGCGAUAACGCUUGUAGUAACUUUAGCUUUUAAUCGAUUUAAAAUGUCACGACUUACCGGCUCAAUUACAAUAUUUUGCUACUUGUGCUUUCUAACUUUGGCGGUUGUAAGUGAUUUGGUUCUUUUCCCAACGGAAUGUCAAUGAAUCUAAAUCGAUUUAAGAUACAAUUUUCAAGUGAUUUUAUUGUUUUUAAUUUUUAAUAACUGGCUGUGAUUUCGUUAUAAUUUAUCAAUUCUAAUCUUGAUCGAUUCUUAUUGUUUUAUUUAUCAUCAUAACAUCGUUACUUAAA